UUGAAAUCCAGGAAAAGCUACCCAAAUUAACCCAAUAAUUCCAUAUCCACAAUCUAGAUCAUGUCUAUGAAACCAGCCAUGAUCUUCGGAAGAUUUCUGUCAAAUUGUUCGUUUAAACCCCUAUAUUUUCACUCAUUUCUCAGCGCCAGCCAUCAAAUUCGAUGCUUUUCUGCUUAUCCCAGAUUUGAUUUCAGCUGUAUACGUGAGCCCGAUGAUGCCAUCGAUCGAUUCCGGAAUAUGUUGAGAAUGCAUCCGCACCCUUCUGUUAUUGAUUUCAACAAGUUAUUGACUGCUGUGGUGAAGAUGCACCAAUACACACUUGCACUUCACCUGUUCGACAAAAUGCUUCAAAGGGGUGCUUCUGUAGAUGACUACACCUUGAAUAUUGCCAUCGAUUGUUUCUGCCGACUGAAAAGACUUGAUUUUGGGUUUGCAAUUUUAGGCUGUUUCUUCAAGCGUGGCUACAAGCCUGAUGUGGUAACUUUUAACACUCUCGUCAAAGGACUUGUAUUGGUCGGAAGGAUCCCAGAGGCAGCAAAGCUGUGUUGGAGGUUGUCUGCGGAACAACUGUGCACUCCCGAUGAAUAUACGUAUACUAUUAUGAUUAAUGGGUUAUGCAAGGCUGGAGGCACUCUUAAGGCGCUUGAAUUGCUUAGUCGAUUGGAAAAAGAAAGAUGCAAACCUGAUGUUUAUGCUUACAACAUAGUUAUUAAUGGCUUGUGCAAAGAUAGAAAGGUCGACGAUGCUCUCCAACUCUUCUCCACCUUGGGUGAGAAGGGGAUUUCACCCAAUGUUGUAACCUAUAAUUCAAUAAUUGAGGGGUUAUGCAAUCAUAAUAGAGGAAAAGAGGCUGAAGACAUGUUAAGGAAGAUGAUAUCGGAUAAUGUUCGCCCAGAUGUGUUUACUUGUAAUAUUUUUAUAGAUGCCCUUUGCCGAGAGGGAAGGAUGGAAGAGGCCGAGCAUAUGCUGGUCAAGAUGAGGCAAAUUGAUGUUCAACCUGACAUUGUUACAUACAAUGCAUUGAUGAAUGGAUAUUGUUUGCUGGGCGAAGUAGACAAAGCCAGAAACAUUUUCCAACUCUCAGUGAAAUCUGGCAUCAAGCCUAAUGUUAGAAGCUACAAUCAUUUGAUGAAUGGGUACUGCAAGUGGGGACGAAUUGAUGAAGUCAGUCGUAUUUUUACCAUGAUCCGCACCAAAGGGUUAGAGCGCGAUGUGGUUUCUUAUUGCAUAAUGCUAGAGGCCUUAUUUGGUGAAGGCCGGUGUGAAGAGGGUUUAACGUUGUUCAAAGAGAUGGAAGCUCUACGAGUUUAUCCUACUACAACAACUUAUGGAAUCUUGUUACAUGGUUUGUGCAGUGCUCAUCGUAUUGAUGAAGCAUUUGCCAUGUUGCACACCAUGGAAAACAAAGGCAUCAUUCCAGACAUAGUUAUUUAUAGUAUCCUCAUCGAAGGAUUGUGCAAAGAUGGUAAACUCAGACAAGCAAAGGAUGUGUUUGACGGGCUUCCUUCCCGAAAUUUGCAUCCUAGUGUUAUAACAUAUACAAACCUUAUUGGUGCACUUUGCAAAGAAGGGCAGAUAGAAGAGGCUAAGGAUUUGAUGGUGCAAAUGGUGAACAAGGGGUGCUUGCCCGAUAGUGUGACAUACAACGUUUUUGUUCAAGGUCUUCUCAAAUGGAAUAAGUUGGACGAUGCGAUUCUUGUCUUGAAAGAGAUGAUUGCAAGAGGGGGAUGCACAAUUGGGGCCGCCACUAUUUCGAUGUUGAGUGAACCUCUUCGAAGGGAAGAUAAUGAUGGUGUUCUAUUUGAUAUGGUUAUGAAACUUUUACCAAAGAAGGUGUAGGCUAAUCUAGUUUGGAUGGUAUGUGUGACAUGGUUCUAAUUAGGCUGUUGAAUCUCUUUGUUUAUAUAUUGAUAUUAAAUGCUUGAAUUGUAUUUUGAUGGUUGGAUUGUGGAGAUUGAUCAAGAAUCGUAUUUAGAUAUUUGAAGAAA